AUAUAUCGUCACCGUACUCGGUGUUCCUCAUAUUGAUUAUUCGUUCAGAUCUGUGUAUUCAGCAAAGGAAAUAUGUUGGCAAUAUUCAGCAAAGGGAUAGUGAAUCCACCCCAAGAGCUGCAGAGUCCAGCUUCAUUCACUUCAUCAAUGAAGCCUAAGCUUCCCUUUGAAAUCCUUAAUGGUUUUGUUUCUUCAAAUCCCACCAACGCUUUUUCAAUGCGGUUUGGAUCUUCGGCUUCUUUGGCUUAUGUUCCACCCCACAAUCCUUCCUCCACUUAUAAAAGGUUGUUUAGUGGAGUGGAUGAAAUGCAUUGCAUAUUCAUGGGUAAUUUGAACAAUCUAUGUAGCCUCUUAAGGCAAUAUGGUCUAUCAAGGGGCACCAAUGAAGCAAUGUUCAUCAUUGAGGCAUAUAGGACCCUUAGAGACCGUGGUCCAUACCCACCACAUCAAGUCCUCAACCACAUUGAAGGUAGCUAUGGGUUCGUCAUCUACGAUGCCAAAGCUCGAACAGUAUUUGCUGCAGUGAGUGCAGAUGGAGGGGUUGAACUCUUUUGGGGAGUUGCAGCUGAUGGAUCUGUGGCUGUUUCAGAUGAUUUAAAGGUUAUAAAAGAAAGCUGUGCCAAAUCGUUUGCACCAUUUCCUGCUGGAUGUAUGUUCUAUAGUGAGCAAGGAUUGAUGAGUUUUGAGCAUCCAAAGAGCCAAAUGAAGGCAAUGCCUAGAAUUGAUAGUGAAGGAGUGAUGUGUGGAGCUAAUUUCAUGGCCGAUGUUCAGUCGAGAAUAAGCGGAAGUAGUGGUGGUGGCAGCGGCCGCGGCAUGCCACGAGUCGGCAGUGAAGCUAAUUGGGCGCUGCGAGGCUCGAAAGCUUGAUUGAUAAGAUAUAUACUAACAAGAUUGGGAUAUGAUAUGCAUCCCCACGGAAUUUAUUCCUUAUGAUUUUUAAUGAUUAUUGUGUUUUCCUUUGGCUUUA